UAUAGAUAUACAGUCGAUUGUUCUAUGCAUAUAUUUUUGACGACUACUUCAGUACGUAAAUAAUAGAAAAAAAUCGCAGCGUUUCCACAAACCGUUUCCAAUAGCAAAUAGUUUUUCGAUGGAUGAUCUAUUUUCGCAAGAUCGACCCUUCCACCCGAAAGAUCCAGCCUAUGGGGCAUUGAACUUCGAUAUCGGAGCUUUAAACGAAACCCAGAUAAAGAAAUUGAAUUUAAGAAAAGCCACUGAAAGGUACAACAAUGACAUUUAUCUGAAAAAGCAUCCAGAAAUCAGAGGGUUGAUCGCGAUUUUACUUAGACACGUGUUGCAUGUACAACCUUCUAUGGACGUUCACGAGACGAUAGGUGAAUUUUUUAAUAGGCCGCGUGAUCAAAUACUGAUGGAUCUCUUAGAAUAUGGCUUUCGCACCGGACAAACGUUUAACAUAAAAACUAGAUUACCAGCAUCGAGGAAUAUCGAUCCACUAGAUAAUAUCCAAAUUUCGUGUCCGAUUCGUUGUAACAAAUAGUAGGGAAAUAUAUAUCCUUUUGACAGUGACCGAUAUCACCUCGGGUAUAUUUAAAUUUAUUUUAUACUUUUUAAACGGAAUUAAUCGAGCCUUCCAAAACUGAUCGCAUUUUGUAUGUACAUAUAAACGCACGCGAACCCGCAAUGUACGUACUUCUGUCAGAUUUCCGGUUAUUUACGAAAGGAAGUUUACGAUUGUUUGACCAGUUGCACCCACCGUUUCCGGUAUCGUCACCGCAUUCGUCCGUUAUUGUCUAUUCUCGUGUACCAUCAUCCCUGUUUUACCUUUAUGUACGUAUUACGACUAAACGUGUAACAAUUACAUUAAAGGUAAAAGUGUUAAGUAAAUGUGAUUUCUUAUGAUAUCAUUGAAAUAAAUAAGUGAAACAAAGGGUAAAUAAUAAUUGUAAAAUGGAAACGAUCAUUGUCCGUGUGAUAGACGAUAAUUAAAUGCAGCACGAUAUGAAAUGAUCGUUACAUAGUACGAUUAGUUGUGAAUCAUAAUUAAUAAUCAACGUAUAGACCCAACUAUGACGACAGUGAUAACACAACGACAGUGACAUAUUAAUUAGAAGAGAAUAUAAGGGAAUUUUAAUAGCACAUUGAUUGUUUGGAUGAAUACCGUGACUGUAAGUCAGUCCAGCUUAAAUAACCAUGAUAAUUAUUGUAAAUAAAAAUAAAGGAAUAAAGAGAAAAAAAAAUGUGAUAUAAAUGUGUGCAUAAAAUAGAGAAUCCUGGAUCCUACAUAGAGAGGAUCGACGACUUGUGAGAACGGCAUGAACGAAGCGCCGAAGCGAAUCCGAGAUUGAACGAGAAUAGUCGAACAUGGCCGAGGAGUCGCGUGCUGCUCCAAAAGAAUUUCUCCAUCCUCAGUCGUGACUCGGUCGUCGCGGUGAACGGAUCGUUAACGAAGGGGUUGUGUUUGUGUGAUAUUUAAUUUUCUGCAUUCGACCGCGCUCGCAUACACGCGCACACACACGCGUGCGCGCUCGCGCGCAUAAUCAUUGUAUAUUCGAGAAUCGACUUAAUUCUUAGUAGAAAAUGGCGGAUACUAUAAAGGGUGGAAAUAUUAGUCGUUCGGAGUGCCAGGGAACGACGCGCAGCUUGACAGUUGACCAAAACGAAACGGAACGAUCGAUUUUGGAUGGAACGCCAUUCUUCGAGAAAACGAGAUCAAUCGUCUGAAUAUAGGCGACUCCAAGGAACGUACGAAGAUCAAACAAAUGGAUAUAACGCGUCUAGUAUAAAACGCGUCGCGUGAGUGUUCUUAAAUCGUACGUACAAUUCGUCAGUGGCAAUGAGGACGCGCUACUUGGAUCGAUGAAAAAUGUUUGAAUAGUUGUUUCGAUUUUCGAACGAAGAUGAAAGUGUAGCGGGAAGGAAGGCUCGAUAUCCGGCGAAUCGGUGACACUUUUGUUUUCUUCUACGUGGGUUUACGCGUACGUGUGCACUGGUCCGUACCUGUGUGCGCUUUAUUUUUAAUACGUAUAUGAGGCUCUGCGUGUGGAUGCGCGCGCGCGCGCGUGCGUGGUGCCGGACGAUGUCAGAAGUUCGUCGUACGAAUGCAAGCGUCACUUUUAUUCGAUAAGAAUGGGAUUGCUGGUGAUUGACCGACGGUCAGUGCUUUAACGUUUCGCGCUACUUUAUGCGAAUGUACUUAGCCACAUAUACGCGAACUCUGACCAACACGUAUACUCAUGUAUAAUGUAUACGUACCUUGUGUAUGUACACACACACACACACACACA